AUGUCAACUCCUAGCGCGCCAGGAGCAAUGCAGGUGUUUCCGGGCAAAGGUCUUGGGAAUCUGACAUUGGGAAGCUCACUCCAUAACGUCUUGAGUCGUAUCAAGUCACGACCUCAAACAUACCCCGCCAUCGACCUCGCAUAUUCCUCCACCGAACCACUGACGGAGCCCAUUGUACUCAACCUCCCUAAGAAUGGGCUAAGACUGCGAUUUGACGGACCCGAUCAACGACUGCGACUGAUCGAGGUCCUCGACUUUUCCAAGGUUCCCCUUGUAUAUAAGAAUCACGAAGUCGUCAAGAUUCCAAAACCACAAGAGCAACCUUCAUCCAUGGGACCCAGUUUUCGUCAUGUAUACAACCGACUCUUUGGGCCUUCUUAUCCUGGCGAAUAUCUCUCACCAGCAGAUGACUCUCCAUUCGGCACUUAUGUCCUGUCCUAUCCAGGAGUAGCUUUUUCUUUCCCGCUACAACAUUUAGCUUGGUCCGAUAAUUGUGACUUUGUAGCACUUCUUUCGUCCUCUGCCGCUUCUCCGGCAACUUCGAUGGCCAUAUUCCAGGGCGCUUCAUGGUCCGAAGCUCGUAAUAAGCUCUUUACAACACCGCCUCAACUACCGCGUUCGCCAGCCCUAAUCGGAAAGGGCAAGGAAGCGGUUCCGGAUGAGAUCGAAGAAAUCAGGGUACUAGGAGCGGGAAGAAUAGAGCUUCUGCGGAGGUCCAGCCCUCCGCUGGUAAUAAGCCUCUCCGAAACUACACCCCAGGACCUAAUUGCCGAACUCGGACCGCCGGACGCAAUCUAUCGCAAAAACGACCGCAGGAUAUCCAUUCAUAACGCUCGUGGUGUGAAUCAACCACGUUUGCUGAGCCCAUCUCCCGGACAAGGUCUUGAUACACCAGACACAGAUCGCUCCUCGAAUAACAGUCCGGCGGAAGACUCCGAUGAUGAGGCCUUCUCGGGCUCCAAGAUCGACCCUUCAUCUCUUCCUUCAGAAUGCUUCUUUAAUUAUUUCCACCAUGGAUUCGACGCCUUUAUAUCUUAUCAGACACCAUCUGGGUCGGCAUUGCCAGGUUCAGGAAUGUCAGACAUUCCACCUCCUGCUACAUCCUCCCUGCUUACUGUGACGAAGCUCAUCGUUCAUGGGAACGUCCCGGGUUCGUAUCCCUUUAAUCGAUAUCGCCGAAGUCGCUGGAAGAUUCUUCUCGACGAUACUGGGGCAGAAGUUUUAACGUCAGAAACACACUAUGAUGAAGUAUCAGAACGACUUCAAGCCCUUUGGAAAGGGUCAUAUGCAUCAUCUUCCGAGGAACUAGCACUUCAAAGAGGUAUGGUUUUGAACAGAGGCUGGGGCGACAGUCCUGAAAGCAGCGUAGAGUUCCUUGGAGGAUGGGAAGAAAGCAUCGGCGGUAAACACAGAUCAGCCUCUUCAGGGCCCGACAGUGGUCAAGGGCUGGGGAAUACGGAACUUUAUGGUUUUCCAGGUCUUCUUUUUGAGGUUUUGAAGAAUGGGGCGGUUAGUUCCAUGACAAUAUACUGA